AUGCCUCCCAGCCCCAAGCACCGCGAUGUGGCCCAGUUUCUGAGCAAGAUUCGUGACUUUCUCCUGGGCCGCAGACACAAGACGGCCCACCGCUUCGCGGACACGAUAUCGCCGCGCACUCAGCCCCAGCCGGACAUUCCGUCCGGCCCGUUUCGACGUCUGUUCGGCAACUAUUACUACACGAGGGAUGCACGGAGUGGCGUGAGGCCCACCAUCGAUGUUGUCCAGCAGCGAAAGGACAUGCUGGCAGCCAAGGCAAAGGCCAAGGCUGCG